AUGCAUUCAUUUUUCAACAAGUUCAUCACACGGAAUAGCUCCUUGAGACAAUUUGUGAAGCAAUACGACAAUUACCUAGCAAGCAGAGAGCAAGCAGAGAGAGAAUUCGAUGCUGCAGAUUUUCACACUGUGAUACCGUGUGCAACAAAAUCAGCAAUAGAGGCACAGUUUCAGCAUCUAUAUACCCAUGAGAAGUUCAGGGAAGUUCAAGCUCAACUUAGAAGUAAAGUAAACUGUAUCACAAGAUCAAUGCAUUCCACCAUAGGUUUCACAACAUAUGAAGUCAUAGAACAUGUUUCCAACUCCACAUUCAAUAAGUUUGUCGUCACCUACGACGUAGUAUCACGAGAUAAAUACAUAUUAGAACGCAGGAGUAAGAACAUAAAGAGGAGGCAAACACACAUCAAGAGCAGUCAAGAUGAACCUUUACUGGAGCCGAGAAGUAAGAGAUUUGACGAAUUGGUAUCUCGGUCGUACAAUAUAUGUGAAUUUGCAUCCGAGUCUGAAGAGUUGACCGAAAUUCUGCACCGAGCAUUUGACAAGGUCAUGGCGGAGAUGGAAGAAUAUCAAGAGAGAAGCAAAGGAAAAAGUUUGUUAACGCACGAAGAAGCAACAUUAAGCAAUGUGAAUGACCUUCAAAACCCAUCACGUGUCAAAAUAGGAGGUCAGUCCAAGAACAGACAUGGAUCAAACCUGGAAAAUAAGAUCUCAAAUGCCAUGAAAAAAAAGAAAAAGACAGCUCCAAACGAGACUCCAGAUCAUCGAUUCAGUCAAGCUCCACUCUUUACAAUGCACCAGAUAUGA